AUGAAUCCGCGGUUAUUAUGUCGGUUUCUGAUCCCGCGCCGCUUCGAGAACGCACUCAAUUCGGUGCUGACCUUGAUCUUGCUGGUAAUGGUCGUCUUUUUCUGGCGGGAAUACCAAGACUUCCAUCCGAAACGCUUGCCCGUCAUGGAAGGGAGAGUGUGGCCGACGACCACGGUCCCACCGCACACAAGACCAGUGCCGGGGGUGGUUAGAAAAGGUAGAAUUUUGGAAAAAGAUAAAAAAAAAUUGAAAAAAAUCAAAAAAUUUUUUUCUCAGAUUUUUCUAAAACUUGGCAUAAAUUUAAAUUAAAGCUUUCUAAGACAUAUCCAAAAAUUUUAUCUUGCCUUAUGCAAAAUUUACCGAGAUUUUUAGCCCAAAAGUUGCAAAAAUUAAAAAUUUUUUUUUUCGAUUUUCAAAUUAAAAAAAAUUAAAAAAAGAUCGAAGGAAGAUAGUAGCACUAAAAAUUAAUUUUCUCCAAGCAAUAUUCGAAAAGAUAUAGCCGGAAGAAAAUUUUUUCUCUGACCGUCUCUCCUCAUUUUACGCACUCUCUCCAAAAUGACCUUUUUAAAUUUAAAAAUAUCUCGGCUCCCCUUGAAAAGCUAAAGCUAAAAAUUUCAGGAAUUAAUUUGUGACCCAUUUGCAAUAUUCUUAUCAAAAAAUUUUUUAGAUAUCAAAACAUCUGAAACUUCGUAUUUUAGGUCCCGGCGAAAACGGAGCUCCAGUAAUAUUGCGUAAUAAAGAAAAGAUCAAAGGUCAAGAAGACAUGAAGAAAUGGUUUAUGAACGUUGUAGCCAGGUACGAUCAUGUUUCACCGUAAAAUCGGCAAAAUUCUGUUUGGCGAGCUGCGCCCAGCGCAAACUUCAAAUCCCUCUAAAUCCCGGAAUUUCAGCGAUAAAAUGUCAUUGGACCGCUCGAUUCCGGAUAUGAGACACCCGGACUGUAAAUUAAUAACCUAUCCCAAGGACUUGCCUAAGGCAUCAGUCGUCAUUAUCUUCACGGACGAAGCGUGGACACCAUUAUUACGCACUGUGCACUCUGUAGUGAACCGGUCACCUCCUGAAUUUUUGCAAGAAGUAGUGCUUAUCGACGAUUUCAGUCAAAGAGGCAAGUCUUACGCCAUCUUGGGCUGGAGAGAAACACUUGACCCAAUUUGCCAAGUUUGGGUCAAGUCUUUCUCUCGGUCGAGGAAGGUCAAAUUUUUGAUUUUUGAUGAUAAUAUUGCUAAUUUUAGCCGAGCUAAAGGACAAAUUAGCAGAGUACAUCAAACGUUUUGGUGGUUUAGUACGACUUGUAAGGAAAACAGUGCGCCAAGGCCUAAUCCGAGCCAAAAUUGUGGGCGCCAAAGAGGCCAAGGGCCAAGUCGUGGUGUUCCUCGACUCUCACUGUGAAGCCAAUGAAGGAUGGUAAGUUUUAGGUCAUUUUCUUCAAUUUGUGAUCUGUUUUUUCCUUUCAAAUCACCUAAAUGAAUUUCAAGUGUCAAGUGCAAUAUAAUUUUUUCAAAUUUUAGGCUAGAACCGAUUCUUCAGCGAAUAAAAGACAAUCCAACGGCCGUAGUAUGCCCUACCAUUGAUCAUAUUUCGGCGCAAACGAUGGCUUAUAAUGGAGAUCCGAAUGCCGAAGCAGUGGGUGGAUUUUGGUGGUCGCUGCAUUUUAAAUGGGAUCCUAUCCCGGAAUCGGAGAAGAAACGACGAAAAAGUCCUACGGAGUACAUUCGGUAAGAUUCUACAGGUUCUCCGAGAAGAUUUGAGCGUAUUUUAGAUGAGGGAAAGACUUGACCCAAAGUUGAGUCAAGUCUUUCUCUUGUAGGAUUUUCCAGGGAAAUAGUGUUGCAGUGUAAAUAAAAAAUGAUUAAAAUGCUGUAACGUGUUUUAAAACCAAUUUUGAGCGUUUUUCAUAAGCUUUUUUUACAUUAUCCAUUGCGAUUUUAGAUCUCCAACGAUGGCUGGCGGCCUCUUAGCGGCCGAUCGAAAAUACUUUCUGGAUGUUGGCGCAUACGACGCUGAGAUGGAUAUAUGGGGAGGAGAAAACCUAGAGAUCUCGUUUAGAGUAAGUUCCAGCAAAAAAUUAUAUUAUCCAUGAUAGGUCUGGAUGUGCGGCGGUUCGAUUGAGAUUUUACCAUGCUCGCAUGUUGGUCAUAUUUUCCGAGAUGGCCAUCCGUACAAUAUGACAGGUCGAGGAGGGAAUAAGGAUGUGCAUGGGACGAAUUCGAAGAGGUUGGCGGAGGUUUGGAUGGAUGAUUACAAACGGCUAUAUUACCUACAUCGAAUGGAUUUGAAGGAUAAAGUAAGUUGGAUAGGGUGUAAAAUUCUGUCCAAGUUGGUAUCUGAUCGUAAGAAUUCAUUUUUAAUAUCGAAAAUAUGGUAUUUUGGGAGUUUUCCGAGAGAGAAAGACUUGACCCAUUUUUUGGGUCAACUGUUUCUCUCACAGGAAUUGCUUCAGAAACUGAUCUUUUACGUUGGAAAAUAAAUUUUUACACUUCCGAUACGCAUGAAGAAGACACAUUACGAAUUUUUGGGUCAACUGUUCCCCUCGAUAAGCUUCUUUUUCCAGGAUGUCGGCGACCUCUCGGAACGUCAUGCCUUGAGGAAAAAAUUGAAAUGCCAUGAUUUCAAAUGGUACCUGGACAAUGUUGCACCGGACAAAUUCAUUCCCGACGAGGAAGCCGUAAAUCACGGACAUCUGAAAGCGACCCAAGGCUCUCUAUGUGUCGACACACUGCAACGAGACGAGAAAAUGGAGCAGGAUCUGGGCCUAUUCUAUUGCCAGGGCGGCGGCAGUGCGUCACAGUACAUUUCGUUGACGAAAAAUGGACAAUUGAGAAGAGAAGCGUCCUGUGCGAAUAUAAAUACCAGCACAAGGGUGGUGAAAAUGACUCCGUGUCGGCUGAAGACCGAAUAUGCCGAGUGGGAAUACGAUAAUGUGGUAAGAAAUCGAGUUUUUUACAAUUUGAGUACUGUAUUUUAAAUGAGGGAAAGAGUUGACCCAUUUUGGGUCAAGUCUUUCUCUCGGUAAAAUCGCGGCCGGAAUGGAGAAAAAUUGCUAUAGCAAGUCUUUUUACAAUGAAAUUUAUUCUGUUUUACAUUUCCCAUCGAGAGAAAAACUUGACUCAAAAUGUGUCAAGUCUUCCUCUCGGUAGAUUUUGACCUAAAAAAUUGUAGAAUACGACCUUAGUUGAGAAACAGUUUAAGUCAACUCACAUUUAUCCAUUUUCUUUGAAAUUUAUAAUUUGUCGGUAACUUUUAUAUUACACAUGACAUUAAUUUUCAGACCAACCACGUCAAAAAUACCAAACACAACCUGUGCCUCGACGUAACUGGCCUCAAGAGCGGGCAAAACCUGAAAGUCGCCGAAUGCAAGGACGUCGCGGGCCAGAAAUGGCAAUUCCAAUUCUAA